GCAUCAGCAUCGGGCGGUGUCUGCGGGAGCACCUGGGAAGGGGGAGACAGGCCUAGGUGGGAAGUCUCUUUGCUGGUCUUGGAGGCAGAACCCAGAGAACCCGGACCUACCCUCUGGCACCUGGGGGGAAAGGGGAGGCGAGCCGCGCACAGCAGCCCUCGUGGAGCUGGCCCUGGUCCUGAUCACUAGGAAUGCUGGAGCCCUGUCCCCUGAGCGCAGUACAUCUAUCCCCACGGGCCGUGCUGGGUCUUCCCAUGGUCCCAGCCGCUCCCUAUGGAGUGGAGAGUGAGCCUAGGGCACUGCUUGUUCCCUGGUUUCCAUAUCCCGUGAGGGAAGCCCUGGAGGUCAGACUAUGGCAGCCCAGUCACACUUAUCCACGAUCAAGGUGUCGAUGGUGUUUGAAGAUGUUGCCGUGUACCUCACUCAGGAGGAGUGGGGCCAUCUGGGCCCUGCUCAGAGGGACCUCUACAGAGAUGUGAUGCUGGAGAAUUAUAGCAACUUGAUCUUCUUGGGAUUUCCAGCAUCUAACCCUGAUAUGAUCUCCCAGCUGGAACAAGGGGAUGAGCCAUGGGUCUUGGACACACAGGCAGCUGAGGGGAAAGACAUCCUAAGCAAUGACUGUUCAGGUUGUGAGACUAGGACUGAAAAUGAGAAGGUGACCCCAAAACAGGAAGAUGUUGAUGGAUUGAAAUCCCAGGAGGUGGUAUCAGAAAAACUUACAGGGAAAGAAGCCUUUGAAAGUGAGGACAGAUUGGAGGGAUACCAGGAAAACUCCACAGGCAGAAAGCUGUGGAAAUCCCCUUCCCAGAAGAUACAUUUCACUCCACUUGCUGCAAGCCACAAGAUAAUUCUCACUGAGGAGAGAGAACAGGAAUGUAAUAAAUUUGGGAAGAGAAACACUCCAAACCCACAGCCUUUUAGACACCAGAAAGUCCCAAUGCAAGAGAGACCAUGUGACACAUUUAGCCAAACCUUCAAGCAACAUUCCAAACAAAUUAUCCAACAGAGAGCUCCCAUGGGAGAGAGACCCUUUAAAUGUACUUUAUGUGAAAAGGUGUUCAGAAAGAACUCGACCUUGAUAGAACAUCAACGAAUACACAAUGGACAAAAACCUUAUGAGUGUAGGGAGUGUGGGAAAACCUUUAGUGCUCGCUCAUCCCUGAUCCAACACCAGAGAAUCCAUACAGGAGAAAAGCAGUAUGAAUGUGAUGUGUGUGGGAAAACCUUCAGUGCCCAUUCAGUUCUUAUUCAACAUAAUAAAAUUCACACUGGAAACAAACCCUAUGAGUGUAACAAAUGUGGAAAAGCCUUUAUCCAGAAUUCUAACGUUAUUCAACAUCUGAGAAUCCACACUGGGGAGAAACCCUAUGAGUGCAAUGAAUGUGGGAAAGCCUUUAUCCACAGUUCGAACCUUACUGUACACCAGAGAAUUCACACUGGUGAGAAACCUUAUGAAUGCAACGAAUGUGGGAAAGCCUUUAAUGCACUUUCAUCUUUUAUUCAGCAUCAUAGAAUCCACACUGGUGAGAAACCCUAUGAGUGUAACAAAUGUGGGAAAGCCUUCUAUCGUAGCUCAAGUCUUAGUCAGCAUCAGUGAACACAUAACCAAGAGAAACACUAUGAAUGCAAUACAUGUAGAAAGACCUUCAGGGCAUGCUCCUCUUUUGUUCAGCAUUGUAACAAUCACUCUGGAAAAAAACCCUAUGAAUGCAGUGAUUGUGGGAAAGCCUUUAGUCAGAGCUCUCAACUCAGCCAGCAUCAGGGAACACAUAACAGAAAGAAAUACUAUGAAUGUAAUACAUGUGGAAAAGCCUUCAGUGCCUGCUCAGCCUUCAUUCAACACAAUAAAAUCCAUAUAUGAGGGAAAUUAGGAAUAAUUCGUUCUGGAGGGAAACCUCAUGAAUGUAAUGAAUGUGGGAAAGCUUUCAAAGGGAGUUCAGACCUUAUUAGACAUCAAAGAUAUCAUACUGGAGAGAAGCCCUAUGAGUGUAAUGAAUGUGGGAAAGCUUUCAUUCAGAUUUCUAACCUAAUUCAGCAUCAGAGAAUUCAUACUGGAGAGAAACCCUAUGCAUGUAGUGAAUGUGGGAAAGCUUUCAUUCAGAGCUCUAACCUGAUUCGACAUUACAGAAAAUGCCAUGGAGAAAAACCCUAUGAAUGCAAUGAGUGUGGAAAAGCCUUCAGUGAACGCUCAAUCCUUAUUGAACACCACAGAAUUCAUACUGGAGAAAAACCCUAUGUAUGCAAUGAAUGUGGAAGAGCCUUUGUCCAGAGCUCAAACCUUAGUCAACAUCAGAGAAUUCAUACUGGAGAAAAACCCUAUGUAUGUGAUGAAUGUGGGAAAGCCUUCAGGCAGAGCACUAACCUUAUUCAACAUCAGAGAACACAUAAUGGAGAGAAACCUUAUGAAUGUAGUGAAUGUGGGAAAGCCUUCAGACAGAGCUCACACCUUCGUCAACAUCAGAGAACACAUAACUUUCAACACCAAAUAAUACGUAAUAGAAGGAAACCUUAUGAAUGUAAUGAAUGUGGAAGAGCCUUCAGUCAAAAUGCACAUCUCAUUCAACACCACAGAAUUCAUACUGGAGAGAAACCUUAUGAAUGUGGUGAAUGUGGCAAAGCCUUCAGUGCACGAUCCACACUUAUUCAACAUCAUAGAAUUCACACUGGAGAGAAACCGUAUGAAUGUAAUGAAUGUGGGAAAGCCUUCAGGCAGAGAACACAACUUAUUGAACAUCAGCGAAUUCAUACUGGGGAGAAACCAUAUGAAUGUAGUGAAUGCGGAAAAGCUUUUAAUCAUAGCUCCAAUCUUAUUCACCAUCGGAGAAUUCACACAAAAGCAGAGUCUUAUGAGUGAGAUCUUUCAAAAAUUAUUUUUAAAAAUUGUUCAACUCACAUUGUGCCUCUACUUCUUGUUGUGCCUCAGAGGCCACUCCCAGGGCCACAGUUUAACUCUCUAAGUCUCUAUGGGGAUGGGCCAAAAUAAUAUUCAAUUAUUGUUAACUUUUUAACUGUAUUUAUGAUUAGAGGAGUAACUACGGAAGAGCCCAGUAAAUGCCUUUAAGCCAAGGGGACUUUUAUUGCAUUGAUCCUCAUAACUUAGCAUAUAUGCCUUUUCGCCCUUACCCAUGCUCUGCCUCAGUCAAUAUUAACUUUAUAUUGACUUGGAAAUCUGGAAAUGUGGACAGGAAAUUGGGGCACCAAGUUCCUGCAUACCUAGGUUGGAGGAUGAUGUCUUUCAAGAACUGGCUUCCCUUUUCCACUUUUGUUUUUGUUAGAGAACCCAGAAGUCUAUCUGGUCUGUAGGGAAAUAGGUAAAAGAUAGGGAAGGGAGAGGAGCAGGGUGUAGAGAGUGAUUACAAAUCAACCUUAGAACUGAACUAAUCAUUUCCCCCCAUGGUUUUCUUUCCCAGCUUCCUCAUUUCCAAAUUGCACCCAACAUCCUCCUAGUUACUUGGGUUCAAAAUCCCAGGGUUGUUUUUGAUGCUGUCCUCUUUCUUUUUAAUCAGUUAGUUAAUGAUAUUUAUUGAGCCCCUAUAAGGUACUGUGUGUGGCACUAUAGGGGAAAGAAAGACAUAUACCAUGUGCCCCCUGCCAUCAAGGAUCUCAGACACAUAGAUGUAUGGGGCAUAGAACAGGUACCUGGCCAUAUCUUUAUCAGUGCUCCCAAACUCAGUGGAGCAAUCUGGUGUGUGGAUCUGAAAAAUAGUAAGAGAAAUUAAGUAGUGUGUAGGAGUAUCAGGAUUUGAAAUAAGAAAGAAUAUUUGGAAUGAAGGAAUGAAUGAGAGUAUGGCUGGAAAAAAAAAAAGAUAAUUGACCGAGUCUUGGUUCAAGUCUAAUUUUAGAGGAACAAUCAAAUAUUCUCAUCCUGGAUUACUGUAGCAACUAGAUUUCAUUCUUGCACUUGAAAUCAGAGAUACCUGAAUACAAAUUUCCCUUUUGGCAUUUACUAGCUUUGUGGCUGUAGGGUUACUUAACCCCGAUGACUCUUCUCCUUUGUAAAAAUGUGCAUAGCAAUAUCUGUAGUAUCUACCUCAUCGAGUUGUUUUGAGACUGAAAUAACUAAAUAUCAGUUAUUCCUCAAUAUGGACCCUCUCUGCUCCAAUGAGAUUGGUCUAUUUACUGUCCCCUUCCCACAUCAGUGCGUUCCUUCUUGGCCACAUUUUCUUACACCAUUCAGUCCUGCCACAAUCCAUCCAAAGUGUCUCCUUUGUCAGGUUCUCAUCACCUCUCAGUCUGUUGUACCAGAUUCAUCGUUAGUCUUGCUUGUUCUCUUUCUGUUCUUCAAUUUCUCCUCCACACAGAUGCUAAAAUAAUCUUCCUAAAGCAAAUAAGGGUCUGGCAGAGUCACUCCCUGCUCAAAAGCUUACAGUGCCUCUCUGUUGCCUUUAGAAUAAAAUACAAACUCAGCCUAGUGUUGAAAGCCCUCUACAAGCUGGCUCUGAUCUCCCUUUUCAGCUUUAUUUCAAAUUGUGCCCAUUCAUGUACCCUAUAUUCCAACCUAACCAGACUCCUUCCUGUCCUUCAAACUUGGAAUUCCAUCUCUUAUCUUCAUUUUAGCUCAAACUAUCCUACCCAAUUAAGACAUACUCCCUCCUCAUCUCUUUUUACCAGAAUGUUUAAUAUUCCUUCAAAGUUCAGCUUAUCCAUUAUUUUCUUAGUGAAAUUUCCUUAAUUUACCCAGUCAAUUGUUUCUCCCUUCUCAAAUUAUCUUGUAUUUAUUUAUCACACAGGGUAUCCUCUUUCUCCUCCCCACCACCAGUAGAAUUUAAGCCCUUGAAGACAGAAACAAUUUUAUUUUUGUCCUUACACCCCUAGCUCCUAGUACAGUACUUUGUAUAAAGUAGGUGCUUAUUAAAUGUUUGUUGAAUGAAUGAUUCCAUGGCUUCAAAGCCCAGCUCAAAUCCCACCUUUCCAUAAAGCUUCCCUAAGUACUCUAGGCAAGAAAUAUUUCCCCUUGCUCUGAACUCAUGUUAUUGGGAUGAUUUAUUUGGCUUAACUAUGCACACUGUUUCACAUUAUUUAACUUCCCAUAUAUGCUUUUGGACAUUUCAUUUCCCAUAUUGUAUUGUAAAUUCCUAGAUGGUAGACCACGUGCUGUAUUUCUUGGUACAGUGGAAAGAACACAGAGCUCAGAGGUCAGAAAAAAUUGGGUUUAAAUCCUGAAUCUUCUAUUUACUGGUUAAGUGACCUUGAGCAAGUCACUCAAUCUCUUUUGGCCUCAGUUUCCCCAUUGGAAAAUGCAAAUCCUAUUCAUACUACCCACCAACUAAGGUACAGUGAGGAAAACAUCAUAAAUUGUAAUAUGAGCUGUCCAAUACUUGUUGAAGGAAUCAUGGAUCAAUUUCAUAGGUGUUUAUUGAAUACCUAUUAUGGACCUGGGGUGUGUGUGUUUAUAUGUAUGUGAAUAGGAGGUAAAAACAUGCCCUCCAGAUGUUCUUAACAUGUGAAACAAACAAUCAUAGGCAGUAUAUAGUCACUUGAUAGCUGAAUUAUGGGACAGUAAGUGCUAGACUUCAGAGGGAGAACUCAGUGUAUUAGAGUAGAGUAGUCAGAAGAAUUGUAACUGCAAUGAUCAAGCUCUAGAGCAGGCCUGCACAACACUGCAGCUGCCAAAGGAUUUCAAGGGUCCUGAAAUGCAAAUCCCUUAGCAAAACUAACUGCACAACAUAGGGCCACUUGUGCCUCCCAAAGGAUUUGGGGUCCUCAAAAAAUGUAGAGAAUGUAAAACAAACCUGCACAACAUCUGGCCCCUGGGCCACUUUGGCAUGACGUACAUCCUACAGGCCUGCUCUAGAGAGAAGGGGCUGUUGAGUAAUCUUAAGAGUCGCAAAACCUGUGUUCAAGAUCCAGCAUUUUCUGCAUUUGGGGAGCUAAUUUUCAGAGGCUGCAGGGGUUGUUAUUCUCUCCUUUCUAUUGCCUGCUAUUUGGUAACAAAUGCUUUCUAAAUAAAUGGUUAUAUGGUAAAUCUGCCAGCACAUCAGAAAAGUGAAAGUCUGUUGUGCAUAGAUAUGUUUUAUCAAAAUUAUUUUGAAAGUUAUAGAAACAACCAUCUGGGUGUCUAAUUAAAAGGUCAAAGCUAAGAAAACAGCUGCUAUAAUUCUGCCAAGUACUUCCAGGUUCCAAGACAACUAUUGGUGGUUACAUGGCUACCAACAUCCAUGGAUCAGCUUAUGGGAUGACAGCAACAUGAGAGGGAUAUUUGGCUCUGUCCACCUUAUUUUUAAUAAGGGAGGGGGGACCUGUGAUUUCACCAAUGUAGGAAACUCUUGAUGAGGAACUUUGUUUGCCUGUAUAUGGGAACCUUCUGUGCCACAGUAUUCUUACAGAAUCACCUAGGGCACUGAGAGGUUAAGUGACUUCCCUGGGGCCAUACAGCCACUAGGUGUCAGAGGUGGGACAUGAACCCAGGUCUCCCUAACCUCCAAAAUCAGCUCUCUAUCCUUACACCACACUGCCUCUUUCCUUUUCCCCUUGUUUAGAAUAAAAGUUCCAUUUUUGAUA